AUGCGCGGGAGUGGUGAUGCCGCGGAGAUGGGGGAGGAGGGUUGUGAGGUGGGGCCAGAGCUCGCGCCCGGCCCUAAGAACCGGCUGGACGCGUACCUCACAGCGCUCGAUAAGCUAUCGGACGCGCUACGGUUCUUCGAGGUGCACAGCUAUCUGGGCAGCUGCCGCACCGAGCUGCGGCAGGGGAGGGGGCUGAUGGACGAUGCGGUGGGGCGACUGAAAGAGGAGUUCGGAGAGGUGCUGUCCGGUGCAAGCCUGGUACCUGAUCGAAAGGCGCUCGUCCAAUCAGCAGCGUGCAUGAAGCCAGGCGAGGCGGUGCAGCCCGUGCCUCUGGUUCGGCCCGAGGCUGUGAAGCCGCUUCGGGCCAUGGCGGCAUGGAUGGUGGGCAAUGAGUACGAGGCAGCAUGCCUUCGAGUGUACGAGGAGCAGCGGGCAGCAGCGCUGCUACGGUGUUUGGAGCGGCUGGGCAGUGCAGCGCUGACGCGCGACGAGGUGGUGGCGCUGCCCUGGACCGACCUUGAGCCCCUCAUGAAGCGCUGGGUCGAGAACCUCAAACUCACGAUGCUGGUGCUCAUUGCAGCGGAGGACGCCGUGUGCACCGACAUCAUCGGCCGGGGCCCCACCCCCUCCCCCUCGGCGCGCGCGCGGUGCCUGACGGGAGUGGCGGUGCCGGCGCUGAAGCAGCUGCACGCGUUUGGCGACAUCAUCGCUGACAUGCCGCGCGCCCCCGAGCACGUCUUCUCCCUGCUCGAGAUGGUCGAGGCGCUGCUCGACCUGCGCCCCGCUGUCAGUCACUCACUCACUCAUGCUGUCACUCACUCAUGCUGUCAGUCACUCACUCACUCAUGCUGUCACUCACUCACGCUGUCAGUCACUCACUCACUCAUGCUGUCACUCACUCAUGCUGUCAGUCACUCACUCACUCACUCAUGCUGUCACUCACUCAUGCUGUCAGUCACUCACUCACUCAUGCUGUCACUCACUCAUGCUGUCAGUCACUCACUCGCUCAUGCUGUCACUCACUCACGCUGUCAGUCACUCACUCACUCAUGCUGUCACUCACUCAUGCUGUCAGUCACUCACUCACGCACUCAUGCUGUCAGUCACUCACUCACUCAUGCUGUCAGUCACUCACUCACUCACUCAUGCUGUCAGUCAGUCACUCACUCACUCAUGCAGUCAGUCACUCACUCACUCAUGCUGUUAGUCACUCACUCACUCAUGCUGUCAGUCACUCACUCACUCAUGCUGUCAGUCACUCACUCACUCAUGCUGUCAGUCACUCACUCACUCAUGCUGUUAGUCACUCACUCACUCAUGCUGUCUGUCACUCACUCACUCAUGCUGUCAGUCACUCACUCACUCACUCAUGCUGUGAGUCACUCACUCACUCAUGCUGUCACUCACUCACUCACUCAUGCUAACAGUCACACACUCACUCAUGCUGUCAGUCACUCACUCACUCAUGCUGUCAGUCAGUCACUCACUCACUCAUGCUGUCAGUCACUCUCUCACUCAUGCUGUCAGUCACUCACUCACUCAUGCUGUCACUCACUCACUCACUCUUACUCACUCACUCACUCAUGCUGUCAGUCACUCACUCAUGCUGUCAGUCACUCACUCACUCAUGCUGUCAGUCACUCACUCACUCAUGCUGACAGUCACUCACUCACUCAUGCUGUCAAUCACUCACUCACUCAUGCUGUCAGUCACUCACUCACUCAUGCUGUCAGUCAGUCACUCACUCAUGCUGUCAGUCAGUCACUCACUCACUCAUGCUGUCACUCACUCACUCACUCAUGCUGUGAGACACUCACUCACUCACUCUUGCUGUCAGGCACUCACUCACUCAUGCUGCCAGUCACUCACUCACUCAUGCUGUCACUCACUCACUCACUCAUGCUGUCAGUCACUCUCUCACUCAUGCUGUCAGUCACUCACUCACUCAUGCUGUCAGUCAGUCACUCACUCACUCAUGCUGUCACUCACUCACUCACUCAUGCUGUGAGACACUCACUCACUCACUCUUGA